AGCUUGAAUCGGCAAGCAAGCUUUAGCUGGCCAGCGCCACAUUAUUAUUUAAAUUGUAACAAAGCACUUAUAACCAAAGCGCCUAAAGAAUGAGAAGAGUUACCUUAUUUGUUAACGGGACAUCUAAAAAUGGCAAGGUUGUAGCAGUAUACGGGACCUUGUCUGACUUAUUAUCCGUAGCAAGCAAUAAGUUAGGAAUCAAAGCUGCCUCUUUAUACAAUGGAAAGGGUGGUCUCAUAGACGACAUUGCCCUUAUAAGAGAUGACGACGUGUUGUAUGUGUCAGAAGGAGAUCCAUUUAUUGACCCUCAAUAUGAAGCCAAGGUUAGAUCUGAUCAGCAUGGAGCACACACUGAUUGGCUGACCCUUAAUAUUGGUGGUCGUGUCUUCACAACCACCAGGAGCACCUUGGUAAGCAAGGAGCCAGAGAGUAUGCUCGCUCACAUGUUUAGAGAGAAACAUGUGUGGGGGAACAAGCAGGACCAGCAUGGGGCUUACCUAAUCGACCGCAGCCCUGAAUACUUUGAGCCCAUUCUCAACUACCUGAGACAUGGUCAGCUCAUUAUUAAUGAAGGGAUAAAUAUACGAGGUGUCCUUGAGGAGGCGCGGUUCUUUGGAAUUGAGCAGCUUGCUGAACAGCUGGAAGUAGCACUCAAGAACACACAGCCACCCGAGGACCACUCUCCUAUUUCCCGCAAAGAGUUUGUUCGUUUUCUUCUGGCAACACCCACCAAGUCAGAGCUCCGCUGUCAGGGUCUUAAUUUCAGUGGCGCUGAUUUAUCCCGACUUGAUUUGCGCUACAUCAAUUUCAAGAUGGCUAAUCUGAGCCGCUGCAAUCUGACACACGCCAACCUGUGCUGUUCCAAUCUGGAGCGGGCCGAUCUUUCUGGAGCCAACCUGGAUGGUGCUAAUUUACAAGGGGUGAAGAUGCUUUGUUCCAACGCAGAGGGGGCUUCUCUCAAAGGAUGCAACUUUGAAGAUCCAUCUGGACUAAAGGCCAACCUGGAAGGUGCUAAUCUGAAAGGAGUUGACAUGGAAGGAAGCCAAAUGACCGGCAUCAACCUGCGUGUGGCCACUCUGAAAAAUGCAAAGCUGAAGAACUGUAACCUGCGGGGAGCCACUUUAGCAGGGACCGAUCUCGAGAACUGUGAUUUAUCCGGCUGCGAUCUACAAGAAGCAAACCUGAGAGGGUCCAAUGUGAAAGGAGCCAUUUUUGAGGAGAUGCUGACCCCUCUGCACAUGUCACAGAGUGUCAGAUAACUCAGCAGUGUCCGGUGCAGGGGCCACCGCUGGCUUCUUUAUCGCCCUUUCCCUCCAGCCUACCCAACAGCAUAUUCCCUUACUGUCAAUCUCUCUUUACCUGCCUGCAGCACAGGUAGUUGUAUGCACAUCCCUGGCAUUCCACCUAUAUUAUGUUAGCUUUAAAUAUCUUGCACUAGAAUUGAUUCAGGGUUGUCUCUGUAUGUUUGUAUGGUAGGAUGUUUUUAAAUGUUCAGCUGCAUAUAUCACCAAAACAAAAUAAUGUGUAUGUAGAUGUGUCAAUCCAAUGACUAUACUCAUUUAAUGUUCUACAUAAUUUAUAUUUACUUCAUGUUACUUGACAUGUUAAUGGGAGUCAGAAUCAGAUAAUCUGUGCGCAGUGAAGUUCAGAGCACUGAGCUUUACUGAAUGCUGCUGUAGCAGAAAUAGAAGGUGUCACUUACCAAUAACUGUGUCGUUAUAUAUUCCUUUUUAAGUAUGUAACUUCAUUUUGCUGGAUUCAAUAUAUAAAGGAAGCAAUGCAAGCCAAAGCCAUAACAAUAGCACAGCCUAAAAGGCUAAAAGUGCUGUUAGUGCACCGUGAAACUAUGCGACAGGCUAGUUUUAAACAGCUUGGGUAUGCAAUACAGCUGUGAGGUUUCUCCUUUUCCUACUUUUAAAUAUUGUGUUCUUAAAAAGCUUUCCCAUGUUUUGCGCUCUGUGAAUCUACCUCCUUUUUUUAAUCCAGAGUGCGAGUGAUCCACAAUUGCAUGCAUUUGACUGUGGCACUGCUUAUUGUAAUGUUUAUGUAUGACAUUUAUUAUCCUUCAGUUUCCCAUUAUGAGGAAAAAAAAUGGUAUGCUUUAACAGAAAGCCAUUUUCAUGUUGUCAAAGUGGGCUUGCCUGGAACUAUCUCCAUGUAUUGAUGUAUAUCACUUAAUCAUGCUUUGAACUUAUUUGCACAAGUAUAUGUUAACUUGUACCAUGUUAUACCUUUUCACCAAAAAUGUUUGGUGCUUGUAAUCUUAUGUAAAUCAAAUCCAGUGUUCCCAAAAGUUCCACAAAAAAUAGCAUUAUUAGAGAAGGCAGAUGUUGUCAGUUGUUUUGUCUAGGAUCUCACUUCUGUUUGCAUGUGUGAAGAGCUAUACUUGUCUUUGACUGGUGAAGUUUCUCUAGCUGUAGCUCAAAGCUGCUCCGAUGCAAUACUAUUCACUCAGUUCAAUAGUAGGUACCCAGCCCGUGAGAAUGAAUAAUGAAGGCAAUCAUAUAGUGUAUUUCACCUUGAGUGUGAAAAUCAAUGGUGGAGCUAUGGUUAUUUAUUUUAAUACAUCUCACUGAAUGCAAUAUGGGGCAAUGUUUGUGUUUGAGACAGGGAGUGGAGUAGGUCUCCCUAUCUAUGAUUAUUGCACUCGACCAUGGAAAUAUAUUCCAUAAAUGACUGUUAUAAAUAAACUGCUAUGAAGAAGAAGAAAAGAUUG